GUAAGGGAGAUAACUCCGAGUAUAAGACUAUUAUACAACAACACAGGCCUGCACGAACGACGAUGUCAUUGAAUGCGUUUCGUCAUCUUAUGCGCUGUAGCGUGAGCGUGCAGAAAUCCCGGCUUUUUCAGGUAGUUGCAGCUCCAUCAGUCCAGAGAGUGAGAUUUUCAUCAGACUACUACACACCUCAGGAGGAGUACCCUCCACCUCCUCCAUACAAGGAAAGACUUGAUGAGGAUGUAGAUGUGAUGCGUGCCCGUCUUCUGUACCAGAGUAGGAAACGAGGAAUGCUGGAAAAUGGACUUCUUCUUAGCACAUUUGCAGCCAGGUAUCUUGAUGGUAUGGAUGAAAAACAGUUGACACUGUAUGAUCGCCUCAUCAACACACCGAGUAAUGACUGGGAGAUAUAUUAUUGGGCUGUAGGCCAGAGACCUGUCCCUGAGAAGUUUCAGAGUGAAAUCAUGGACUUGUUGGUGGAACAUGCCAGGAACAAAGACCGCCAAAACCGAAGUCGACAACCAGAUCUUCCAAACACUCCUUAAAUGCUUUUUGUAAAAAUGACCUUGUAAAAAAAUGUUAUUUAUAUUAAAAUGUUUUAUAUUAAUAGAAA